AUGUGUCGGAUAUACAACAACCACACUCCCAACUUUGACCUCAUUGACCUCAAAUGCAUCAUAUUGACAUACAUUUACAGUAUGUCAGAAAGCUUUUUAAUGGAGGUGUGUGUGGACUCAGUGGAGUCAGCUGUCAAUGCUCAACGAGGAGGCGCAAGUCGUCUUGAACUGUGUUCUAGUCUUCUGGAGGGGGGCCUCACCCCUAGUAUUGGUCUUUUACACAUUGUGAAGCAGCAUGUGAAAAUCCCUGUUUAUGUAAUGAUUCGGCCUCGUGGGGGAGAUUUCCUGUACUCUGACUUUGAAGUGGAGGUGAUGAAGAAGGAUAUCGAGUUGAUGAAACACAAUGGAGCUGAUGGGCUAGUUAUGGGAGCCCUGACAGAGGACGGACGUGUGGAUUCUGAGCUCUGUUUGGAGUUGCUGGUUGCUGCUCGUCCCUUACCAGUCACUUUUCACAGAGCAUUCGACAUGGUUAAUGACCCAAUCAUUGCUCUUGAGACCGUGGUGUCAUUAGGCUUCCAGCGUGUGCUUACUAGUGGCUGUGAUAGCUCUGCUUUGGAGGGACUCCCUCUUAUUAAACGGCUCAUGGAUCAGGCAAAAGGCAGGAUUAGCAUUAUGCCAGGAGGGGGUAUCACAGAGAGAAAUCUGCAGCGCAUUUUGGAAGGUUCAGGGGCUCAGGAGUUUCACUGCUCGGCUCGUUCGAGUAAGGAAUCUGUCAUGAAGUUUCGGAAUACCAGCGUGGCAAUGGGAGCAUCGUUUUCAGCACCAGAAUAUGGCCUAAAGGUGGCAGAUGAGCAAUUGGAUUCAGAGUACAGCAAAGCAGCGCAGAGGCAUGUAGCAGCCUGCAGACUCAACAAAACACAGAGUGUGGGAGGACAGAGGCGAGCAUAA